ACACAUGAAGCAAACGUUUACAUAUUUAUAUAGCUGUCGGAAGAAAGAGUGCCCAUAACAAAUAUUUGCAAUUCAUUUCACAAUCUUUCUCUCUCUCUUUUCGUACGGUUUGCGUUUCUGCUCUUCUGUCCUUUUUUUCAUUUUCCGUUUCUAUUUCCGUUACCGUUUCCUCUCUCUCUCUCUCACCACAACCUAUUCACCGUCCAUUUAAUUUCCUUCCGUUACCCAUUUUUCCCAAAAAUAAAUAAAUAAACAACAAAUUUUAAAAUUCACAAACCCCUCCCCCGAGAUUUCGCCCCUAGAAUCUUCAUCUCUCUCUUUUUAUUAAAAAUCAUAAAAAUAAUAAUAAUAAUAUAAAAGAAAAAAUUCUUCUCAUUUUCUUUUAUAUUUUUUCUUGUUCCUUGUUUUUUGGUUUUGUGCUGAGGAGAAAAAAUGGCGACGAGUAUUGGGAUAAUGGAUAGCGCUUAUUUUGUCGGUAGGAAUGAAAUUCUUACUUGGAUCAAUAAUCGUCUUCAACUUAAUCUUUCUCGCAUUGAAGAGGCUGCAUCUGGUGCUGUGCAAUGCCAGAUGUUGGACAUGACAUAUCCAGGGGUUGUGCCGAUGCACAAGGUGAACUUUGAUGCAAAAUCAGAAUAUGAAAUUAUUCAAAAUUAUAAAGUUCUGCAGGAAGUGUUCAACAAGCUGAAAAUUGACAAGCAUAUUGAAGUUACCAGGCUUGUUAAAGGCCGACCUUUGGACAACUUGGAGUUCCUACAAUGGCUGAAACGUUACUGUGAUUCUGUUAAUGGUGGCAUUAUGAAUGAAAACUAUAAUCCUGUGGAGCGUAGGGUUAAGGGUGGAAAGGACCGAAAUAUUAAGGGUUUUAAGAGCUCAAAAUCACUUCAUUCAAAUGCUAUGAAUAAUUCUAGUUCACUCGAUGCACUCAAUCUACAUAGAGCCUCAGGACCUAAGCACUCAAGGUCAACUGGAGGGUCAGAUGAGGCUAAUUUGUCAGCAGAGGUUCAGGCCUUGUCCAAGCAGGUUACUGAUCUCAAACUCUCGGUGGAUCUCUUGGAAAAAGAAAGAGACUUUUACUUUUCAAAACUACGGGAUAUAGAAAUUCUUUGUCAGACAUCAGAAGUGGAAAAUGAACCUGUUUCGGUAGCAAUCAAGAAGAUUUUGUAUGCUGCUGAUGCAAAGGAGUCCGCAUUAGAGGAAGCUCAGGCUUACAUAGAAGAAGCUGUUGAAGAUGAACCAGAAACUGAAACAUGAUUUCUCAUUCCUGUCUGGUAUUCAUAAGAGAUUUCCAGGGUCUUUGUUAAACAAGCUUAGUGCCAUAUGCGAUGUGAGAGACUGGGAAUCCUUCCCAUCCAAUGGCCAUUAAGUGUAAUUUCAUCACAUAGAUUUAACUGUUUUUUUUUCCUUGUAAGCUUGAAUGGAUGAUCAGUGGAUAUUAGUUAACCUGUUAACCUUUCAAUAAACAAAGUUCCUUUCAUCA